GAUGAAGCCGGCACCUAGAUAUUCAUUCAAUCAAGACAAUGAGCUACAACUUGACUGACGAGGCUACCCGAGGGGCUAUUCUAGCCCUGAGGGCUACAACCAACUGGACCGCAACCGAGAUAUCAACUAUCUUAGGUCCGUCAGUCCGUCAGAUCAAUCGCAUCUAUACCUGGGCAGUUAAAGCCGGCUUCGACCCAUCAGCCCGACCAGUUAUCAUUAAGAACGCCUAUGUAACCGACCGACCAAGGCCUGGAAGACCGAAAAAACGUACCGACGAAGUCCAACAAGCUAUAAUAAGGAAGGUCCGACGGGAUCGCUAUGGCUGGGAGAAGUCAUGUGCUGAUAUAGCUGGAGAGAUGACAUCAGAAGGCCACCCGGUAUCAGCUAUGACAGUGUGGAGGGUCCUUAAAGGUGCCGGUUAUCGCAAGACUAAGCCAAUAAGGAAGCCCGGGCCCUGUCACUGUUGGAAGCCAGAGACAGCAAAGGAGAGGAAGGCUGCUGAGAAAGACCUGGAACGGUUGAAUCGGGAGCUGGAACCUGUUAUGAGAGAGCAGUGGCAUCUAACAACAAGGAUGCGGCGUUUGAACGUUCGACCUAACCGACUUCCGGGCCCGCAGCCAGUGUGGAAGUGGACAGAGAAGACAGGCAAGCUUACCCGAUCAAAGAAGGGAGGUAUUGACUGGUAUCGGUACCAGAAGGAGAUCCUACUUCCAAAGCUGCUGCCAUUCGCAAAGGAAGUCGGCCCUGACGCCCUUGUCCAAGAAGACAGGGCUCCAGCCCACAGUCAUUACAUCCAGCAACGGGUGUAUGACUUGCAUCAGGUGCAACGGCUGCUGUGGUGUUCGAAUUCGCCGGACUUGAAUAUGAUCGAGCCGGCUUGGCCGUGGCUGAAGAGACGGACCACACGACUUGGGGCACCUAAAAAUCGGUUAGCAGCUAUCAGGGCUUGGCUUCAGGCUUGGGAGGAUCUUCCACAGACGACAAUCCAGGCUUGGAUCGAACGAAUACCAAGGCAUAUCGAAGAGGUCAUCAGACUAGCCGGCGGCAACGAGUAUCAGGAAGGCCGGGCUGAUGAUAUCAGACAACAGCACCGGGACCGGGAUGCAAAUAACCGACCUAGCCACAGCCUGCGACCAGUCCAGCCAUCAGACGAGCCACAGGACGAGCCACAGGACGAGCCACAGGACGAGCCACAGGACUGGCUACAGGACUGGCUAUAG